UCCUUUUAAAACUCCUUCCUGAAUCCUCCUCCCCCAGUAGAUGGCAGCUUUGCAGGACCCCCAGUCAACUGGGAACCCAGGCAGGAGGCUGGCGUGAAGAGAGGCGCUCGCGCCCUUUCCCCUCUCCGGUCACUCCAGGGUGACAGCCCGAAUCCCACCCCCAGGCCGGCUGCAGAUCCCAGGCGUCGCUUGCAAGAUCUUAUGCCAUCAUGCAGCACUAUGGAGUGAAUGGCUACUCUCUGCAUGCCAUGAAUUCUCUCAGUGCCAUGUAUAACCUUCACCAACAAGCAGCACAGCAAGCUCAGCAUGCCCCAGACUAUAGACCUUCUGUGCAUGCCCUCACACUGGCAGAGAGACUGGCUGGCUGUACGUUUCAAGACAUCAUUUUGGAGGCCCGUUAUGGCUCCCAGCAUCGCAAACAGAGAAGGAGCCGCACAGCCUUCACAGCCCAACAACUGGAAGCUCUGGAGAAGACUUUCCAGAAGACCCACUAUCCAGAUGUGGUGAUGAGGGAAAGGCUGGCAAUGUGUACCAAUCUGCCAGAAGCUAGAGUACAGGUUUGGUUUAAAAACCGAAGAGCUAAGUUCCGGAAGAAGCAACGCAGCCUACAAAAGGAGCAGCUACAGAAACAGAAAGAUUCUGAAGUCAACCACAGUGAUAGCAAAGCAGAUGCCCCCAUAUUAGAAACACAGACUCCAACUCCUGAGGCAGACAAGCCUGUCAGCCUUCCAAGUGAGGUGAAUACAGAGCUCAACCUGACUCUGUCAGAGCAAUCAGCAAGUGAAUCAGCAGCUGAGGAUCAGACAGAUCGAGAGGAAGAGUUCAAAAUCUCAUUGGAAGAGAAUAAACCAGACAAGAGCCCUGGAGCUGAAAAGACUUUGAACAGCAAGAGGGCAAGCCCCAAAGCUGAUUCUCCUGUCAGUGUCACAGCCACACCAUCUUCCAGCAGUAGUAUGUCUCAGACUCACUCCUACUCUUCAUCGCCCCUCAGCCUCUUCCGCCUGCAAGAGCAAUUCCGUCAACACAUGGCAGCCACAAACAACUUGGUCCAUUACUCCUCUUUUGAAAUGGGGAACCCGUCUACCAUGCCUUAUUUGGGCAUGAAUGUCAAUAUGGCACCUCUAAGCUCCCUGCACUGCCAGUCUUACUACCAGUCACUCUCCCAUGCUCAGCAAGUGUGGUCCUCUCCUAUCCUGCAGGCUUCAUCCUCUCUUCCAAGCCUGAACAGUAAAACAACGAGCAUUGAGAACCUCCGGCUGAGAGCAAAGCAACACGCUGCCUCUCUGGGACUGGACACUUUACCAAACUGAGCACAAGGCCAGAAAUGUGUAAAAGCUGAACCAAUGGAUGACCACAACACAAUAUGUCAUGUCCUUGCCUUGUGAUACAGCCCUCAUUUUGUACUGUGUUAAGGCACUCAUAUGGGGAAACUUUGAAUUCUUUCUAUCUUAUGUAGCUCUGGUUUUCAGGUAUUGCUUCUGUCUGUUUCCCACUGACCCACUUAAAAUCACUUGCAGAAAAGAGAAGUUUAAAAUGUGAAAUCCUCAUCAAAACUGUGAGUCUACUAUGUAAUAUCCAAAAUAUUAUUUAGAUUAUGCUACAAAAAAUGUGUUGACUACUUUGUUUCUCUGGGAUGGGGGUGGAAAGAGAAGUUCCUGCUUACUGUAUAUAUUUUGUAUAAUGUUGGAAAACAUUCUUUCAAUUGUGUGUUAAUGUCACUGUGCCCUAUGCAGAAUUAUGAAGCACUUCCCCUUCCUUUUACUUUUACCUUCAUAAUUAUCUAGUAGAUAGAAACAGAAUCAACACUGUAAACAGACAAAAGCCAAACUCCUUGUCAAGCUGGUUUUGUGUAGUCAAUGUUCCACGUGUGAUGUUACAGAAAAAGAUCCUGCCCCUUCCCCAUACUAUAUUUUCACCAAAUUAUCUGUAACUUCCCAAUGUUAUAACAAGAGAUAAAUAAGAUUUAGUUCCCGUUUAAGCACUUCUAGUUGGAUAGUCGUUACCUUCUAGAACACUUCUUCAAAUGGAAUGUGUGAAAGACAAUGUAUGAAAGUACUGGAAUUUCUUUCUAAAAAUAAAUUCCCAAAGAUUCUAAUCCAGUUUAACUCCUUUUAAUUCUCUUUUCACACAGUUAUUUAUAAAUUUUGCAUAAAGCAUUGGGGACUAAUUUGGAUAAUGAAUUAUAAUUAAAAAAUUGUGUAUUGCCUUAACAUGUUGCUAUGCCAGCUGUUACAAUUCUUUGAAGAGCAGAGUGAUAGAUUUAAAACAGAAUGAGAAACAAAGGCUUUCCCAUGGAAAAUUAUGCUCAGUUUCAGAUCAAAAUCCCAAGCUGUUCACUCAGUUUACUUAAAAAAUAAAAUAAAUACAAGUACAAG